AUGUCAACCCUCCUCCUCGUCGCCCUCCAACUACUCCUCUUCAUCACCCUCCUCCUCCUCCUCCCCUUCCUCCGCCGCCGCGUCACCUCCCCACCUCCUCCUCCUUCCCCCACCACCGCCUCCUCUCCUCCCUCCACCACCACCACCUCCCUCUCUCCCCUCCAACCAAACUACGACGCCUUCAUCAGCUUCCGCGGCGACGACGUCCGGGACACCUUCCUCAGCCACCUCCACAACCACCUCAGCCACCACAAGAAGAUCCUCACAUACAUGGACGACGCCGACCUCGCCCGGGGACAAUCGAUCUCGCCUUCGCUCUCCGCGGCGAUCGAGAGGUCAACGGUCUAUAUAGUGAUUUUGUCGCCCAACUACGCGGGGUCCAGGUGGUGCUUGGACGAGCUCGUGAUGGUGCUGGAGUGCCGCGAGCGUUAUGGUAGGAAGGUGGUUCCGGUUUUCUACGGCGGGGUGAGCCCCGGUGACGUGGGGAAUGGAGUUGGGAGCUACGGGAAGAAGAAGCUGCCGCGGGAGACGGAGGAGGAGAAGGUUCGGGUUUGGAGAGCUGCGUUGACGAAGGUGGCUCAGAUUUCUGGGUUCGAUUCGCGGGUCAUCAGGCCUGAAACUAGACUCAUAGAGGAAAUAUCAAGAGUCGUACUUGAAGGAAUGCACAACAGAACACCACUACCACCAACAACAACAAUGGCUUCACAUUUUAAUAAUACUUGGUUCAUUGGAGUAAACGAGAGGAUGAUGCAAAUCAAACAACUAUUAUGCUUGGAGGCACAUGAUAACCGAACGGUAGGGUUGUGGGGGAUGGGCGGGAUAGGAAAGACCACUCUCGCUAGAGCCAUAUUCGAUACAUUCUCUUGUCAAUUCGAAGCUUCCGAAUUCAUAGAGAAUUUCACCCAACAGCUGAUCGGGUCUCAGGUGUUUGACUUGCAAGACAAGUUAUUCUCGAGAUUGUUGGGUGAUGACAACAACACGUAUCGAACACAUGCUCACGUGAAGCUCGAUCGCCUUCGUCGCGUAAGAGUGCUUAUUGUCAUUGAUGAUAUAGGUAACGAUGUAGGCAACAUCGGACCGUUAGAGGAUCUCUUGACCAGACAGACAUGUGACAUGUUUGGACCGGGAAGUAGAAUCAUCCUGACGAGCAGGAACAAACAACUUCUUGCAAACCUAUGCAAUCACAUUUACGAAGUCAAGGGUUUGAAUGAUAUUGAAGCUCUUCAACUCUUCUACUUGCAUGCGUUCAAAAAGGAUUCUUCUUCUUCCCUACCGAGUGGUGGCUAUGUGGAAAUGUCAUGGAUGGCAGCUAAUUAUGCCGAUGGGAAUCCUUUGGCUCUUAAGAUUUUGGGGUCUCAUCUAUGUGGUAGAGAUGAGGAGUUUUGGGCUCGUGAGUUGGGUGCAUUGCGAAAUCACUCGAACCGUGUGGUUGAGAAUGUGUUGAGGAAGAGCUACGAUGGGUUGAGCCAAGUCGAAAAGAAUGUGUUUCUUGACAUUGCGUGCUUUUACCCUACAUGGAGUAGGGAUACAUUAGGGUAUUUUGAGGAAAAAGUGAUAGACGGGUGUUAUGAAGAGUAUGGUGGUGGUAUGAACCUCGUCACUAAUCUCAUUGAUAAAUCUCUUGUAAGUGUCGAAGGUAAUAACGAGUAUUCUUUCAUCGCCAUGCAUAAACUGCUUCAGAGUUUCGGCCAACGGAUGGUUAAUGGAGAAAAUAGAGUUUGGAAACGUUCAAGGUUGUGGGAAGCCAAAGAUAUAUAUUACCUAUUGAGACAAAACAAGGGGACUGAAGCGGUUGAAGGCAUCGUUUGGAAUGUAUCGAAUCUAACUUAUGAGGUCAAAGAUAUACAAAUUGUGGCUGACGCUUUUGAAAGAAUGGAGAAUCUACGUAUGCUUGUGAUUUGUUAUUCGAGGAGUGAAGCUGUACUAAGGCGACGCAAACUGAUUGUACCUGAAAGUGGGUUGACUUGUUUGCCAGACUCAUUGAAGUGCCUGGAUUGGGAGUCCUUCCCUUCCAAAUCCUUGCCUCCCAAUUUUUCUCCUCAAAAUCUCGUCACGCUUGAGUUGGUUAAUAGUGACAUUCAACAACUUUGGGAUGGCAAUACACGUUAUCAGGAGUUGGGGAAUUUGAAAUCUCUCAAUCUGGGUGGAUGCAUAUACCUCAAGAAGUUGCCAAAUGUGUGCACAGCCAAGAAGCUCGAGCGAUUAGAUCUUUCGUAUUGCCAAAGUUUACUCGAGCUUCCACCCUCAAUCCUAUACCUCCCAAAGCUGAAAGAGAUUUUGUUGUGGUACUGCAUAAGUCUAGAGUUAAACAACUUAGAAGAUCACUUGAACGACGUCGACGACGAUGAUGAUGACAUAGAAACAGUAUUACCAAGUCUCCAAACAUUAUCCCUAAGCGGUACCAGAAUCAAGAAGAUCCCUGAUUUCCUCUGCCGCUUGCAGAUCUUGCAGCUUGGAUGUAAUGAGUGCUCAAUGAUGACAGAAUUCCCAGUCAUCCCAAGCCUCGAGGGAUUGCGUCUGGGCAAUACCCUAAUCAAAGAAGUAGACUUCCUUCUCAAGUUAAAGGAAUUGUUCUUCACGUCCAAUGACCAGCUAACUCACCUCUCGACCGAGAUCUAUAAGUUGAAAUGCGUAGAAAGAAUCAAUCUCUCAAAAUGCAUCCGACUAGAGGAAUUCCCCGAGAUUUUGGAAGCGAUGGAAUCCCUAGUUGAAGUCGAUUUGAGUGGAUGCAUCAACUUAAGGUGGAUUCCAUAUAGCAUUAGUAAUAUAGUCCAUUUGGAGAUGCUUGACCUAAGUGGUACGUCGGUCGAGUAUUUGCCCUACACGAUUGGUGAUCUCACGUUUCUGAAAAUUUUGAUACUAGAUGGUUGUACCAGACUUGCUAGGCUUCACAGUAUCUGCCUGCUAUAUAGUUUGACAUGGCUGGACGUGUCUAAUUGUGGUGAACUGCGACAUUUACCGUUCCUUCCUUUGGAUUUGAAACGUCUGAAUGCAUACAAUUGCAAGUCACUUGAGACAAUAUCAUACGCUGGAGAACACGAUCUUGUUAGAAGUCAAUGGAGGUUGGGUAACUGUCCGAACUUGGAUAUCGACGUGUCCAUUCGUCUUCUAUAUAAGUUUAUCCGUGAUGUUGUGGAUCCGGUUCCACGUUAUGAUCUACAUUGCCCGCUUCUUAUUGUACCGGAAGAAAGUGUAGGUUGGGCAGAAUGUAUGGUUGGGGGAGAAACGAGCGCGGGAGGCUCGGUGAUGGUGGAUUUGUAUCACCCUUGGAAGUUAAAGGGGGUUAUAUGUUGGGCACUCCUUGACUCCUCGUCCUUUGUUACCGUCAACAAGGCUUUGUACAAUUUAGAGUGUUCAUGGAGCAUGAUCUACGACGACGACGGCGGCGAGGAGGAGGACGAAGAAGAUCGUGGUCACGACGACGAGCGACGUCAUUUCUCUAGUUGUCUUGUUCGACGAGAUGUGACUCGAUGUGAGCAACUCGGCGGGGUGUUCUUGUGGUACGAUAGUCUAAACAUGUGUAAGUAUCAAGCUAUGGAGGAAGGGAAUGCUAGGAUUAAUUUUUCCUUGUGUGCUGCGGAAAUGGUGGGGGGCUGCUCAUGGAGGGAGGUGGAGUUGCAGGACUUCAUGAUCAAGAGUUGUGGGAUUAAACUAGUAUAUGACGAAGAUGAUGAUGAGGAGGAGGAGGAGGAGGAGGAGGAUGACGACGACGAAGAUGAUGAGGAGGAUGACGAAAAUGAUGAUGAUGAGGAGGAGGACGAUGAUGAUGAUGAGAAAGAGGAUGAGUCUAAAAAAAAUUCGUCAAUCUGA